GGGGCCCUCCAUCAUAUAAAGAAACUUCCCGGGGCCGCCGGCCCAGUCGCGCUGCGCCCCGUCUUCGGCAGCCGCCGGCCCCAGCCUGCUCCCAGCGCCGCCACAGAGCCCCCCGAGAGCUGGUGCUUGGGUGCGCAGUGCGGUGGGCUCCGUGACGCACCCCAAAACCCCCCCACCCGACCGCCGACGUGAGUGGCAUGAACUUGGAGCCGGGCGAGUGCGGGAUGAACUCGGUGAGCUGCGGCAACGGGAAACUCCGCCAGUGGCUGAUCGACCAGAUAGAUAGCGGCAAGUACCCGGGGCUGGUGUGGGAGAACGACGAGAAGAGCAUCUUCCGCAUCCCCUGGAAGCACGCCGGCAAGCAGGACUACAACCGCGAGGAGGAUGCUGCUCUCUUCAAGGCUUGGGCUCUUUUUAAAGGAAAGUUCAGAGAGGGCAUUGAUAAACCAGAUCCCCCUACCUGGAAGACAAGAUUAAGGUGUGCUUUGAACAAGAGCAAUGACUUUGAAGAGCUGGUGGAGAGAAGCCAGCUGGACAUCUCAGAUCCCUAUAAAGUGUACAGAAUAGUGCCAGAAGGAGCUAAAAAAGGUGCAAAACAGAUCAGCAUGGAGGAGCAACCAUUAAUGAUGAACCAUCCCUUCCCAAUAACAUCUCCUUACACUUCACUACCAUCCCAGGUACCGAACUACAUGGUGCCCCAUGAGCGCAACUGGAGAGAGUUCGCCCCGGAGCAGCCGCACCCCGAUAUUCCCUACCAGUGCGCCAGCGUCCCCUUCACAGCUCGCGGUCAUCACUGGCAGGCGCCCGGCUGUGAAAAUGGUUGUCAGGUGACAGGAACCUUUUAUGCUUGUGCCCCUCCCGAGUCCCAGACUCCUGGCAUCCCGAUUGAGCCAAGCAUAAGGUCUGGUGAAGCCCUCGCCCUGUCAGAUUGUCGACUCCACAUCUGCUUAUAUUACCGUGAAAUACUGGUAAAGGAGGUGACAACUUCUAGUCCUGAAGGCUGUAGGAUAUCCCAGGGCCAAAGUUAUGAGGUCAGCAGCCUGGAGCAAGUUAUCUUCCCCUAUCCAGAGGACAACGGCCAGAGGAAGAACAUAGAAAAGCUACUGAGCCACUUGGAGCGGGGAGUAAUACUGUGGAUGGCACCUGAUGGCCUCUACGCUAAGAGACUUUGCCAAAGCAGGAUCUACUGGGACGGGCCUCUGGCGCUCUGCAGUGACCGACCCAACAAGCUGGAGCGGGAUCAAACAUGCAAGCUCUUUGAUACUCAGCAGUUUUUAGCAGAGCUUCAAGCCUUUGCUCAUCAUGGACGUCCACUGCCAAGAUACCAGGUUGCUCUGUGCUUUGGGGAGGAAUUUCCAGAUCCACAGAGGCAGCGGAAACUAAUUACAGCCCAUGUUGAACCAAUGUUUGCCAGGCAGCUGUAUUACUUUGCUCAACAAAACAGUGGACAUCUUCUGAGAGGCUAUGAUUUGCCAGAACUUGUGACUAGUCCAGAGGAUUAUCACAGAUCUAUUCGCCAUUCCUCUAUUCAAGAAUAAGAUCCUCAGAAUGAGUGUUUUUAAAGGCACUGUAAAGAUUAUGCAGAGUGGAGGAGCAGAGCUGGAUAGCAAUUUGGAGAUCCAAAUCACAGCUGGAUGUGUUCAGGGGAAUCAAGGGUUCAAUGAUAGGAAAGUGAACUGGGACAACUAUAUUGUAUGAUACAAAUGACGGGUCUUCAACGUUUGGAUGCUACAUCUCACAUAGAUUCCACUGUUGCUGGGAAUAACUCAAAACUGACGAAAUGAUUGCUAUGUUUACGUUUGCUUAAUGUUCUCCUUGGGUUUUGAGGACUGAUGCUUACUGAAGACUUAAAUCCAGAGUUUACACUGUUACAUUUGCAGGGCUAUUUAUUUUGGAUUACUGAUCUCAGGGAAGGUACAUAAAUUUGCGGUGUUCCCAGUUUUAAACUGUAGCUACUAUAGGUGGGUAGCGAACGUAGAUGGUUUAUCGAGAAUAGCUAUAAAUGUAAGUGGUUAUAAAUUUAGACUGGUAAGUGUGACGCCUGUAUUCCUGUGUAGAAUUUUUUAAAAACAAUGCAAAUCUUCAGAGACAUAUUUUUUUAAUGCCUGACUGACAUUUUUCCUUACGAUGAAUUUUAUUGCUGCCGCUGUUGUUAUUGGAUUAGGCCCCAUAAUAGCAGUUCCUAAGGUGAUGAAUUGAUGGUACUGUGUUGGAAAAGUGACCACUUAACUCACAUUACCUGUGCAUUUAGUGAAUUAACCACUAAAAUUCUAGAGUCACGGAGAGCAGGUUUGAAAAGAAAUUACAUUUUUUUCUUGUAAUUGUAAGCUACUAUGCAUUAUAUAUAUAUAUGCAUUAGAAUUAAGUUGGCAGACUUUGAGAAGAGCACAGAAGUGGUCCUGCUAGCCUUUGUUAAUGUGACGUGCAGGAGCCAAGCUGAAGUAGCCACCACUUCUGGCUCGUACCGAGCCAAACUCUGCUCUUCGUGUGCACUCACAGCUUCCUUCCAUUGGUACUGAAAUGAAUACGGAGGGAGAGUUCGAGCAGAGCAGAACUUAGCCUCUCAUAUUAAGGCAGUCAAGGAAAUACUUGUUUUAACUUUCAUUUUCAAAAACUUCACAGAAGUAUCAUUUCAUGCAAUUUGCAGCUUUUCAUGCUAGGGUGCCAUUACAAAGAUGAAGAGAAGGGGUCUGUUGGGUCUGCAUAGCAGUGAAACUUCCUCACUAUUAUGCUGGAGAUCAGACUAUGUGAUCUCCCUGGUUUCAGCUCCAGAACAUGACCUCCCUGUGAUUAACAUACAUACUUCACUUGAAUUUCUAAAUGAGGAAGAAAAAAAUGGUACUUGGUCUGGCAGCAGACUUGUUUUCUAGGGACUUCUAAUUUAUACAUCUUAGAGAUGCAUACUCUUUUGGGAUAUAUUAUCCCCCUCCUGCUCCACAGUGCCAAGCAGAACCAAUCAAUCAUUUUUACUUUUGUGUUCUUUGUUACCUGAAGUGUUUUCCUCGCUAUAAGAUUUUUGUAGGGGAGACCUCUUUCAUAGACAUUAAAAGCACUGUUUUAGGUGACCUUCAGAGCUUCUGCAUAUGCUUUUUGCCUGUGCAUACAUUUUACUGAAAGGGCCUUCUGUGUUCAAACUGAACUGGUACAAUACGAUAUUUGAUGUGUUUUUCACUUUUUUCUAGUGGUCGUUGCUUCAUAUGCUCAUUGCUUCAGCUCACAUCUUAGAAUAAAGUCCUUAUUCCCUACCAAUUUGAUUUGUAUGUGUUGUUUUCAGUAGUGGGGCAAAUCUAAUGGGCUCAGUACUGCACUGCUAACCUGGGCGACACUGCUGGCUAAGCCAAUGGGGAGCUCUGUUUUAAGCUAAAAGGGCAGGGAAAGGUCAAAAGGUAAGGAUUUUUUUUUUUCUUGUGAAAAUGUCUGUGAUACUAGCUCAGCAAGUGAGAAAAGAGCAUGGAGGGUGCCCUUUGGCUUGUGCCUCUGGGCUCAGCCUGGCACCCUGACCUGCUGUGAUGAAAAUUUAUGAGAUUUGCGUGGAAAGAUGCAGAGCAUCUUUCUCUUUCUGUGGAGUCCGCCGCUGAGUAUCAAGGUGCAUUAUCAUUUCUGGCUUUGGAACGAGCUUUUAAUUAUUUUCCUCGAAGAAGCACAAUUCAAAAUCGGCUGUGAAGAGGAAGGGAGAAGAAUGCAGUCUAGCUGCCAGCCAAGCACAACUUGCUUAGUUUUAGUGGUUAGAUCCAGGCAAAAGGCUUACUGUAAGUAAGCAAAGGGUCUGAGGGCUGGGACAGGGGAGGAUGGAAGAAAAAUCAAAGUGUUGAUUAUUUUGCAAGUGUGGACUUUUAAGGAGUGCUUGACUUUUGGAACAAUCUUUUCAAAAUAACUAAUGGAUACGUAAAGUGGAAAAAAAAAAAGCAAACGAGAAAAACCCUGAAAACAUUUUCUCCUUUUAGUAUCUUUCUACAGUCACUACGUGAAAACAUUUGAAGUACUUCCUACUUCUGUUAACUUCUGUUUAUAGUUUCUGAGGUCUACUUCCUUCCUGUUAUGAUUUCAGUGGCGUUAUAAAUGACAUGCUUUACUCCCAUCAACACCGAAGGCAUAGCUGGUGUUUUUCAAACAAUUUCAGUGUGUGAUUUGUCUCAGCAUUGGUUUUUCUUAUUUUAAUACGGCCACAGUUGGAACUGCUUCGUGAAAGUUUCGUGCCGGAGUUCUGCAGCUGAAGUACAUGUCUUCAAAACUUGGUUCUGCUAAGUGGUUUUGCUUGCUACUGUAAACUGUGUGAGCCUUAACGGGAUUGUAGGUUAACCAGAAAGGAGGAGAUAUAUUUUAAGCCGAAAUACAACGUAACAGGUUUUGUGGAAAAAACACAGGAUUCACGUGAAAACCCCCGUGGCCUUUCAGGCGGGCAUAUGCAUGCUGUUUACAUCAGCGUUUGUCAGCAGCGUGGAGGUGGGGAAACACCACCUUCGCGGAGAGCUUUCAGGAAAAAGCAGCAUUUUCUCUUGCAUGCUCUCAGAUCAUUGUCUGUGUAUACAAGUAGAGAGGCAGAGGCAGACAGAGUACUUUAAAGAG